AUGUUACCAUCUGUGAGUAAUACGAACAAGUCCAUAUGUUUUCCACAAUUGACUUCGCUGACGCUCAGUCAAGUGGAUAUUAACAUCGAUACACUUGAAUCUUUUCUUUUGCUCACUCCAUCACUUGCCCAUCUGAAAAUGAUUGGUAAUAUGAAUAGUCUUGAUGGAACACGAUGGGAACAAUUUAUUCAAAUACGUUUACCAAAGCUUAAUCAGUUCCAAAUCUUUCUACGAACGCGACAAUUGUUGUUGAAAUCUUCUCAAGGUGCCGAACGAAUCAUUAAACCAUUUCGAUCUCGAUUUUGGAUCGAACAUAAACAAUGGUUUUUCACCUUGGAAUGUGAAUCGCAGUCUUCUAAUACAUAUUUUUAUUCUUUACCAAUGUGUCACACAGGAAUGAAUUACAUAACAUCACCACGGAAAAUAUCACUCUCUACAUCGGCGUCGAAUUCAUCAACGAUGUACAAUGUGAAGAAUCUAAUGCUGACAAUGAUAGAAGAUUUAGCCGAUGAGUUGACAAAGAAGAUUGCUCAAUGGAUAGUCGAGAAUACGACUGGUUCAACGUACCGAAAACAUGCUGAUUUUGUUCAAGUAUGGCUUGGUAAGAAUAAAAUCGAGUCAAGUGAAGCCGAUGUCGCAUGUAAACGACUAAAAAUGAGUUGUGAUGAUAUUUAUUAA